ACUGAAUUAUCAGAGAGAGAGAGAGGGCGGUUGAAUGGAGAAAUUAAUGGCAGAAUCGGGCGGAGAGAAAAGCGGAGAACUGUUUGGAUGGAAAGAGAGAGAAACAUUUGGGACUUUUUUUUACCACUCCGUCGUCAUUUGAACCGUCCUCGUCGCCGGCUCUGUCCAAAACAAUCGUUUUAUUUCUGCUCUGUUCGACCCAAUGACUUCACCUCCACUGGCCUUCGCAUGGCCAUGACAGAGCUACACGAUUAAGGAAGGAUCAAUAAACGAUGUCUUUGUCGGGUGCAGUGCCGUCGACAUGUUCGUGAAAUUGGGUGUUAUUGAGGAUGCGUACAAGGUGUUCGUUGAAAUGCCUCACCGAAACCUCGAGACGUGGAAUGCGUAUAUAUCCAAUUCUGUGCUCCAUGGGCGGGCUGAGGACUCUACCAUUGCAUUUAUUGAGCUACUUCGAGUUGGUGGGAAGGCAGAUUCAAUAAUGUCUGUGCUUUUCUCAAUGCGUAUUCAGAGAAACUAGGCUGGGUGCAUGGGUGUCAGCUACAUGGGUUCAUUAUUCGAAGUGGGUGUGCGCAGAAUGUCUCUGUUUCAAAUGGGUUGAUAGCUUUUUAUGGGAAAUGUGGGGAGGUUGAAUGCUCUGAAAUGGUUUUUGACAGAAUGGGAGAGCAGAAGAGAAAAUGCCUGUGAGAAACUUGGUGUCUUGGAAUACAUUGUUGGGCGGAUACGCAGACAAGGCUGUGGCAUUGCUCGAGGAGAUGGCAUCGAUGGUGGGCAUGGCGCCGAGCUAUGUAAGCUUGGUUUGUGCAUUAUCAGCUUGCAGUAGAGCAGGAGAUUUGAAGAUGGGGAUGCAGAUUUUCUGAGUCCAUGAAAGCAAGGUUUAGUAUAUAACCAAGGCAGGGCAUUAAGCUUACUCAAUAGAUCUAGCGGUGGGUUUGAGCGGUUAGAAAUGGUAUUAAAGUCAUGUAGGCGGUGGUGUGUCAACGAAGACAUUGACCCUAGAAGGUAGAUUGUUAGGUCCCAAAUCAGUUGGAGAAGGAAAAAAAACGUUCCUUAUUCUAGAAACCUAUGUCUAGCAAAGACGUUUUAAACCAUGAGGCUGGCAGCGAUAUGAAACGGGCUAAAAUAGACAAUAUCUAUUAGCGGUGAGUUUUAACUAUUACAAAUGGCAUUAGAGUCAUUCGAGCGGCGUGUCAAUGAGGACGUUGGCUCCUAAAGGGUAGACUGUUAGGUGUCACAUCGGUCUAAGGGGUGGACUGUUAGGUGUCACAUGGUAUGUAACGGACCAAACCAAAUCGAAGCAUAUAAAAUGUGUGGUUGGGUUAUAAUUUCUCUAAGUUUUCCCCAUUCACCAUCUGUACAUAACAUCAUCAAAUUGCCAUCCUUCCCUCUGCAUUCAACACUUGUCCCAACAAGGCCAACCCACCGCAACUGCUUCCCCACAUCAAUCCCUUCAAACAGCGCACAACAAAAUCCAGCUGCCACUGCAGAAAGAAACCUCCCAUAGUUAUUUUUAUUUUAUGUUGAUAUCAUGAGUCGGGAACAGCCACGUAGGGGUGAAGAACAGAGGCAGCCUCGCCGGAACGACGUCGACGAGGGGCAGGAAACCAUCAAAUACGGCGACGUUUUCAACGUCUCCGGCGACCUGGCUGCGAACCCCAUCGCACCACAGGAUGCUCGCAUGAUGGGCAGUGCCGAAACCAGGGUAUUGGGGCAAGUGCCGCCGGCUGGUCCGGCCGAUAUCAUGCGAGCCGCUGCUGCUUAUAAUGUCCGGGUCGGUCUUCUUGGUACCCGUGAUGUUAGCUAUGCUGCUAAAAACGAAGGCAUCAACAUUAGCGAGACCGAUAUUCCCGGAGCCCGUGUCGUAACCGAACGCGUCGCCGGACAGGUCGUCGGCCAGUAUUUGGACACCACGACGGCGAUUGAGACAGAGACGACGGAGCAGAAUGUAAUAACGAUCGGGGAAGCACUAGAAGCGGCGGCUCAAACUGCCGGAAACAAGCCGGUGGAACAGAGUGACGCUGCAGCAAUUCAAGCCGCAGAAGCCAGAGCAAUCGGCAGCAAUGCCAUAUCUCCCGGUGGGCUCACAGCCACGGCUCAAUCGGCGGCGAGUUUCAACGCCGGGAUGAUUCGAGACGAGGACAAGAUCAAGCUCAACUAUGUCCUAAUGGGUGCAAGAGGAAAACUGGCGACGGACAAGCCAGUGAGCCGGAAGGAUGCGGAGGAGGUGGUGAGCGCGGAGCUGAGGAACAAUCCAAACUUGAUCACUCACCCAGGUGGGGUGGCGGCCUCCAUCACCGCCGCCGCGAGGCUGAAUGAGGACGGCGGCGCAGAUAUAUGAAAA